GCAAUUCCCCGCCGCCAAGUUUAGCAGUUGCUGGACCUCAACGGCAGCGGCUCGUCGGGGCGUGCUGGAGCCAAGGGAAUCUUUGUUCGCGGUUUUUCAUGGGGCACGACCGGGCUUCCUUUCGGCUUAGUCGUCGUUUUACCACCGUGACAGCAGUCCCCUCGGCUGAUAUCGACCCGGCCACCGGAGUCCCAGCAUUGCAUGGACUCCUAGCAGUAGUUUUUUUGCCUUUCUGUCGGUCGGUUCUUCUCUGAUUGACUCGGCAGUCAUGUUUGCCGUGCGCAUCGUCACCGCAGACUACUAUCUGGCAAGUCCCAUUAAAAACCUGGACGUGUGCUAUUCUGAAUUCAGGGAGAGCGACGUGAACAAAGUACCAGUGGUGCGGAUAUUUGGAGCAACACCCACAGGUCAGAAGACGUGUCUGCACCUCCACGGUGUGUUCCCUUACGUUUAUGUGCCAUACGAUGGCUAUGGGCAGCAACCGGAACGCUACCUGCGGCAGGUGGCCUUCAGUAUCGAUAGGGCUCUUAACGUUGCAAUGGGAAACCCCGCCUCCAGCACCCAGCAUGUCUUCAAGGUCGUGCUGGUCUCUGGCAUGCCUUUCUAUGGCUACCAUGCCAAGGAGAAGCACUUUAUGAAGAUCUAUCUGUACAAUCCUCAGAUGGUGAAAAGGGUGUGUGAGCUGCUGCAGAGUAGAGCAGUGAUGAAUAAGAGUUACCAGCCUCACGAGGGCCACAUCCCCUACCUGCUGCAGCUUUUCAUAGACUACAACCUGUAUGGCAUGAACCUGGUUAACUUGGGAGCAGUCAAGUUCCGCAGGAGGCAGAACAAAGAAGACCCAGAAGGACGAACUCCCAGCAGUGCCCCAAGGAUCAGUCCCUGGAAGAGCCCCUGCACGUCCAAGCUCAACGACAGCACCCAGGGGGGCACAUUUGUCCACUGGGACGAGAAUGCCAUACCCUGCUCCCUGUUCCUGGAUGAGGUGGAGAAGCAGAGCACCUGUGAGCUGGAGGUUGAUGCUGUGGCUGUGGAUGUCCUCAACCGCCUGGAAAUCGAAAAUCAGAUUGGCAGGAACCCUGGCCUGCAGGCCAUCUGGGAGGAUGAGAAGCAGAGGAGGAGAGAGAAGAAACAGGCUUCCCAGAUAGAAACCCCUGAGUCACAAGAUCGUGGGUUUGUCACUUCAACAGAGAGCGAGAAAGUCUUCAUGAAACGACUGAGGGAGAUUCUGAAGGAGAAAGCAUUUGAUGUGACACAAGCUUCAUCAGUGGAUGACAGGGAAGACCAAGAGGAAUUUGGUGAACUUACUCUCCAUUCUGACACCCUGACCCUAGAGGGACUGCCGUGUACCAAUGCUGUGGAGGUACACAGGGACUCUCAGCCAGAGUCUGUGAGGAGCAGUAGUAAAAUCGUAGCAGAGGCUGUGGUUGAUGAGGAGGCCAUCUUGAGUCUCCUGGAGAACAGUCAGAUCUUCCUCCCACUCUCCCGGCCAUCCAGCCACUCACCCCUGUUAGACAGCAGCCAAGACCACGCCAUCAUUGAUUUGCUGGCAGGGCUGGAGGAUGAUGGUUUCUGUCAGACCCCCAUUAGGCAGAAUUCUCAGUCCCAGUCAAUUCCUGGUUCAAGGAGCUACCACUGCAACAGUGAUGAGGAGGAGGCAGGGCCAGAGCUGGACAAGGAAGAGGCAGAGCUCAGUGUGUUAAUGUCACAGCGAUGGGACAGUGAGGCUCCCGAGAACUCAGCCUUACACAGGCCUGGUGUGAAGGAUGCAGAGGACGGCUUCAGUGAUGAGCAGCAGGUGUCCUCUGACGAAGACAUGGAGUGUAGUGGGAAUAACACUCUAUUCGCCAGUCUGUCCAUCCCCCAGCUUGAUGGGGCAGCAGAUGAGAGCAGUGAGUCAUCUUUGAAUGAUAGCAACUCCAGGACCCAGUCUUCUCUCAUAGUCACAGAAAAGAUGCUUGGGAAAAGAAAUCCCUUCCCCAGAGAGACGGUCCACCUGGAGCCACCUUCCUCAGCUAAGAUCCUUGUGGAGUGUAAGCACCCUGAGCGUAGACCAGUUCAUGUGCUGGACACAGAACAACCACUUGACAUGCACUUUCAAUCAAAAAGCACCCAGGACAGCAGUAGUGAAUGUUCAAUGGGGUUCAAAGUUAAUAAAGAAAUCCCUUACAUCCCACCAGUCAAGCACCCUAUCCCCUGCAAGAUUGCCAAUCACCCUGAGGUGUCUCCCAUCUGCGUGGAUAAAGAAGUCAUCCGACCCCUGUACACUUAUGAUAAGAAAACCUCCAUAGCUUUGGAUAAGACAGAUCUAGAAGGUUUUCCAUUUGGUAACGGAAAGGUCGCCAAAAGCAGGAAGAAUUAUGGCACCAUAAAGGAUGUAGAAACAAACUGUCUGUCCAUUCUUCAGAACCACAGGACCUUCUCUUUCUGUUACUCAAAGCUAAGAAACUGCUCCUCAAAGGCAGAGCUGGAACUGAGCCAGAAGGAACAUAAAAGCCCCAUUCUAAGAAAUAUCUCUUCAACCCGGCCACCUAUGGAAGAGGAUGAGUUUCUUGAUCUUCGGGAGGAGGAAAUAGGUCAGGACAGUGAGGAGGGAGAUGUUGGUGAACUCAAAAUCAGCUUCCCCAGCGUCAUCCUGUCCAACUGCCUCAGUAGGAAGAAAGCUGGGACUAAAAAGCUUACUGAUUACUGCAGCAAGCUAGAACAGGCCCAUCCUCGCAGGUCUAGGUUAAAAGUGAAUAAAAAACGGUUAGGAAUGGCAGGACAGAAGAACAAAUCAAACCUAGUUGCAAGCUCUACCUCUGACAGCCAGAUUAGCACUGGCUUCACCCCAAUUAUGCCUGCUUGCCCAGUGAAGACAGAAAUGCUAGUUUCAGAGAUGCCAUUUUCAGAGGUCAAGGCAAUAAAGCAGGCUAAGCCUGUUAAAGAUGGGCCCAUUGUAGAGGGAAAGCCAGUCACAAAAGAGGAGUCAGGAACUGAGAUGAGAUCUUUCGAUGAACAUGCAGAACCAUUUUCAGUGCCCCCUGCCACAAACUCCACAACUGUUUCCAUUAUUUCGGAAGAAGCUAACGACACAGCAGAGGAUAGGUUAAGCCCACUGCAAGAUGAAUCUGCUGAAGUCACCUGUACCAAACCUUCAGCACUGCCUGGUAGUAAAUACACCCUGAGGGCCAAACGAAAGAUGUGCUUCGAGGGUGAAGAUGGAGAACACUCAGGUGUCACUCGUUCUAGAAAUCCAGCCUCCGCCAAAGACAACAAGCUCAAGAAUAGCAAUGUCCCCAGUGGGCAAGACGUAAAAUACCAGAAACGACGCAAGAAGGAGCCCCCUAUCAUCAUAAAGUACAUUAUAAUCAACAGGUUCAAAGGACAGAAAAACAUGUUGGUGAAGAUGUCCAAACUAAAUGCAGAGGAGCAGUUGGUGUCGCUGACACCGGACAAGCUAAAGCAGUAUGCUAAAUUGGCCCCUCUCAAAGAUUUCUGGCCCAAGGUGCCAGAAUCCACUGCAGUCAGAUUUCCCAUCCCUGAGCCAAAGGCUAAGAAACAGCCCAAACGAAAGCCAAAGGUCAACUCAACUAAUAAGAAAACAGUCAGCAACUCCUCCAGACCUCAAGACAGACAGCGAAAAAGAGUCAGAAGGACUAAAGGCUGUCAGAGAGGCCCGAUUCUACCCUCUCUACCACCACCUCAGCCAUGUUACUGUGAACUAGCAGAUGAUUAUGACACUGAAUAUACUGAUGUCAUGGUAGAGCUGGGCUACCUCUCUGAUAGAUCCCCAAGCCCUACAGAUUGCACACCCCCACGUUGUUGGUCCCCAAGUGACCCUCUUAUGAACAGCUCAGAACAGCUGAUAAACCCCUUCAAUGACCCAUGUUUUAAUUCAUCUUUUCACAAGCCAUACACUGUAUCUUCAACCAAAGGAGCACAAAAAAAGUGUCGGACUGCCAAACCUAAGAAAUCUGUAGAAACUAAAAGGAAAAUCAGCAAGAGGGCUACUAAGCCUCCAGAGGAAGAAAAGUCCAAAAAAGAGAGAUCAAGACAAAGUAGUGGUGCUGCUCCAAGGCAGAGAAAGAAAGCUAAAGAUUUAGCUGACAGUACUGUCAGUAGUUGUACAACCAUAACAGGACCUAGAAGGUUUCAUAAGAAGAAACCCAAGGAACCCAAAUGCCAUGAGUUAAGUGAAACCAGCUCUCAGCUCCUUUACCCUGAGAAUGAGUUUCUUUUUUCAGAGAGUUUCUCUCAAGAGGUUCCUUCAUUUCAACAUCCAGUGAGCACAGAGCACAGCCAGGGUCAUUCCCAGACUGCAUCUGUACCAGACUCCUACUCGGUAGUCCGGUCUAUAGAAGCAAAGGUUGAGGACUGUGAGACCUCAAUCAUGGAGGUCAACCAAAGCUUUUCACCAGGUGUUCAGCUGAAGCAGCAAGGUUGCCAGACCAAUGUGAUAAAGGCAGAGGUUUCACAGGAGGAUUGCAUGGCUCCCUCACGUCCUCUGGUUGCUCAGCCCUUACUGGAUAAUGGUAAAGACCCCCAAUUUUCAGUUGCCCUCCUACAUUCAGGCCCCAAGAAUGGGGAGAUCCCCGCUGUUUGUGAGACCCCUUCUAGCUUGACAGUUCUCAAGCAGCUUCUCCAGAAGAGGCAUAAGGGACAGGUCCUUCCACUACAAGUGAUUGGUACAGACAGCCACUCCACUGCCAUAGCUCAGGCUGCAGCGCUACUAGAUCCUACACCUAAACCAACUAAAUCCAGAAGAGCUCUCUCCACCACUACUCAGAAACCCAGGGCCCCAAAAUCUGCCAGUCCCAAGGAUAAAAAGCCCAGAAUCAGGAAAGGCAAGACUAGGAGUACCCAGCCUCUGCCAUUGAGGCAAGAGGGCAACAUGUCAGAUGAUUGCCUCCUAUUUUUGUCAGACCCAGGCCUGGACAGUUGCACCUUUAUAGAAGACAGUUUGUCACCUGAGCUCCCACACAAUUAUACCUUUGAUAUUAAUGCUAUUGAUCAGACUGAGUUCUCCAGCCCAUACAGUGGUAGCCAGUUUGUCCUGACUGAUAAAAAUUUACCAGUUAAAUUUCUGAGUGAUGUAAGCCAGGAACCUGUAUCUGCUCAGGCACUAGGCUUAGAGAAGAAACUUGAUAGGUUGUUUGGAUGUGGGGAAGAGCUUCAAAGGAGCUCUGACUGGUACAAAGCAAGGCCUGUCAGCCCUGACCUCUGUGGUAGAACUGAAAAUGGGGAGUCUGUAUCAAGUCACCUCACUUUCCUUGAUUCUGAGAAAAUCAAGAGCAAAGAGUGGGACCUCUCUUUAAGUAAAACCCACAACCUCAGCCCUUUUCAAGACUUUCACUGUGAGAGAAAAGAGCUGCUCUUUUCUAUCUUUGACCCUGUCCUACCACUGCCUUUAAGUUCAGCAUCCUUUGUCGACCAUGAGGGCUCAUCAAUAGGGGAGUUUCUGGAGGGCACUGAUGGACUUGUGUCCACCACACCCAGUAGUUCUCCCCACUCCAUCAGCUCACUAUCUCAGGUGAGGCCAAGCCAGCUGCUGCGAGGGACAGGAGUUGGAGCCUACAUUCUCAAGCCCCUCAUGUCUCCUCCAAGCCGCGAGGAGAUUUUUUAGGAGCCCUACUGUAGCAACCCCUCUGAUGUCCCUGGGAAACCAAUGGAGGUUGGUGGCCGCAAGCUAAUGGUGGGUACCAGACUAGCUAAGGACCUAGCAGAGUUCAGUGGAGACCUGUCUUUGGAGGGCCUCCGUUUUUGGAAGACAGCCUUCUCAGCCAUGACACACCCUGCCACCACUGUUACCUUUCCUUCCCAAGUCCAGAGCACUGUGACCUCAGAGGCAACUAAAGAGCAGGCUGAGCAUGGCCUGUCCUUACAAGACAAGAAGCUUAUCCUUCUGCCCUGCAAAAAUCCACCAAGUCAAGAGCAUGUGCAGCUGUGGCUGGAAGCCAGGAAACAGUAUGAGAAUUUACAAAAAAUGAGGAGAGAGACGGGGCUGCUGAGGAAGGGAGCUACUGGACCAGAUGUUGGGGAAGGGAAUUCAGUGAGUACUGAGCCGCCUGCUGCUUCCUGUUACACAGCAAUCAAGGUUGAUCUGUGUGGGAACCCUUCCAGUGUCAGGACUCAAAAGAGAAUGAAACCCAACCUGUCCUUAAUCAUUUCUCCUAUGAAGAACAUGGGCUCUCAAUGUAAACCCACAGAGGUGAGUCCAGUCUCAGAUGAAGCUGUUGUUGUGGAUCUUGAGCAGGAGGUGGAAGAAAAAGCUGAUGAUGAUAAAACCACCUCUCCAGAGUCCCCAGAGCUGCCUCCAUGGCAGCAGCCCUGUCAGCCCAGCCCCUCAGCCCAAGACUCUCUCAGUGAACAUUCUCCAGGACCACUUUCACCCAGGCUUUCUGACUCCCUGGAGAGGCUAGGAGAGAAUCCUAGUCCAUCACCUCUCAAUGUCAGGGACAGGGAGGUGGGGAAUACUAGUCCCCACCUCCUCCACAGCACCCCCCUGGUCACAAGGCAGCAGAGAAGCAAGGAAGCUAUAGAGCCAAUGUGCAGCACCCCCAUUUCUAAGGAGGAUUCCAGCCCCCAGAGACUCAAGCAGAGGAGGAGAAGCCAGGCAGACCCACUGAGAAGAGUGUUGCUAACUACACAGAUGAAGAACCAGUUUGCUGCUUUGAAUGUGCCAAAGAAAGAGAACUCCCAGAUUGAAGGGCCUAGCAUAGCCAACUCUUAUGGCUUCAAAGUCAGCAUGCAGAACCUGCAGGAUGCCAAAGCUCUGCAUGAGAUCCAAUACCUAACACUGAUGGCCAUGGAACUCCAUGCAAGAACCCGCCGUGACCUCGAACCUGACCCUGAGUUCGACCCCAUAUGUGCCUUAUUCUACUGCUUCAGUUCUGAUGCUCCGCUGCCAGAUGUAGACAACAUGGAGCUGACUGGUGCCAUCAUGGUGGACAGAGACCAUCAAAGCUGUGACCAAGGUGACAGAGGAGCAGCUCCCCUGCUGGUCCGGUCAGGUGUCUCUGGACUGCAGGUGACGUACACCACUGAUGAGAAGAUGCUAUUUCAGGAGCUGAUCAUUGUUGUGAGGAGGUUUGACCCAGACAUCUUGGUGGGAUAUGAAGUACAGAUGCGUUCCUGGGGCUAUCUCCUCCAGCGGGCUGCAGCACUUGGAGUGGACCUGUGUCAGCAGCUGUCACGAGUGCCGGGUGACUCCAAAGAGAACCGCUUCUCUGCAGACAGGGAUGAGUACGGAGCUGACACCAUGACUGAGAUCAACAUCAUUGGGCGCGUCACUCUCAACAUGUGGAGGGUGAUGAAGACUGAGGUGACAUUGAACAACUACAGUUUUGAGAAUGUGGCCUUCCAUGUGCUCCACCAGCGCUUCCCCCUGUACAGCCCCCGCGUGCUGUCCGACUGGUUUGACCACAACACUGACUUACACAGGUGGAAGAUGGCUGACCACUAUGUGAGCCGAGUACGCAGCACCGUGCAGCUUCUGCACCAGUGUGACAUCGUUGGCAGAACCAGCGAGCUUGCCAGACUGUUUGGGAUUCAGUUCUUGCAUGUCCUGACCCGAGGAUCACAGUACCGUGUCGAGUCCAUGAUGCUGCGUGUGGCCAAGCCUCUGAACUACAUCCUCGUCACACCCAGCAUCCAGCAGCGAGCCCAACAGAGGGCGCCGCAGUGCAUCCCGCUGGUGAUGGAGCCUGAGUCCCGCUUCUACAGUAACUCAGUGGUUGUACUGGACUUCCAGUCUCUCUAUCCGUCCAUCAUCAUUGCAUACAAUUACUGCUACUCUACCUGCCUGGGACAUGUGGACAGCCUGGGAAUGCCUGAUGAGUUUAAGUUUGGCUGCACCUCCCUGCGGGUUCCUCCUGAACUCCUCUACCAGCUCCGCAAUGACAUCACCGUGUCACCCAACGGCAUCGCCUUCGUCAAGUCAUCAGUGCGUCAGGGAGUCCUACCCAGCAUGCUGGAGGAAAUCCUCAACACCAGGAUCAUGGUAAAGCAGUCUGUCAAAACCUACAAGCAGGACAAAGCCUUGAUGAAGCUGCUGGACGCCCGACAGCUCGGACUCAAGCUCAUCGCCAAUGUCACUUUUGGCUACACUGCUGCUGCCUACUCUGGACGCAUGCCCAGCGUGGAGGUUGGAGAUAGCAUCGUGCACAAAGCUAGAGAGACCCUGGAGAGAGCCAUCAAGCUGGUCAAUGACACUAAGAAAUGGGGAGCGCGUGUUGUGUAUGGUGACACCGACAGCAUGUUUGUUUUGCUGAAGGGAGCCACUAAGGAGCAGGCCUUUAAGAUUGGCAACGAGAUCGCUGAGGCUGUGACUGCUACCAACCCCAAACCUGUGAAGCUCAAGUUUGAGAAGGUGUACCUGCCCUGUGUGCUACAGACAAAGAAGCGCUACGUGGGCUACAUGUACGAGAGCCUUGACCAAAACGAGCCCGUGUUUGACGCCAAAGGGAUUGAGACGGUGCGCCGCGAUGGCUGUCCUGCUGUUUCCAAGAUUCUGGAGCGUUCCAUUAAGUUGCUGUUUGAGACACGUGAUAUCAGCCAGGUCAAACAGUUUGUGCAGCGUCAGUGUGUGAAGGUCCUGGACGGCCGGGCCAGCAUGCAGGACCUGAUCUUUGCGAAGGAAUACAGAGGCAUUGGCUCAUACAGACCCGGCGCUUGCAUCCCAGCACUGGAGCUCACCAGGCGUAUGAUGGCAUAUGACCGUCGCCUGGAGCCACGAGUGGGGGAGCGGGUGCCCUACGUGGUCGUGUACGGGAUGCCCGGCGUGCCCCUUAUCCAGCUAGUACGGCGACCCAUGGAGGUGCUGCAGGACCCUGGCCUCCGCCUCAACGCCACCUACUACAUUACCAAGCAGAUCCUUCCUCCACUGGCCCGCGUGUUCCAGCUGAUUGGAGUAGAUGUGCUCAGCUGGUACCAGGAGCUCCCCAGGAUCCAGAAGGUGUCCUGCUCCUCUGCAGUGGCUGGAGAGGAAGCGGGGCGGAAAGGAACCAUUUCCCAAUACUUCACCACGCUUCAUUGCCCCGUCUGUGAUGAGCUGACACAGCUGGGCGUGUGCUCACGGUGUCGCGCUGAACCCCAGCGAGUCGCUGUUACAGUAUACCAAGACAUGAGACAGUGGGAGAGCCAACAAGACCAGCUGCUGAAGAUCUGUAGGAACUGUAGUGGCUUUGCAGAGCGGCAGGUGCCCUGUGUGUCUCUAGACUGUCCCGUCCUUUACAAGCUGUCCCGGGUCAACAGACAGCUCUCCAAGGCACCCUACCUCCGACAGCUGCUGGAGCAGUUCUGAUUGGCUCCUGAAACCUGGAGCAUCCCGCUAAUUUGGUGCUAAUUGCUGUCAUCCCCCACCUUCGUGUUUUAUUGGCCAUUUGGUUGCAAAAGUUUAAAUGGUGCUUUGAACCCUGUAGGGUUUUCAUUCUGUCUCGUAACUUAUUUUUUUAUACAAGUAUUUCUCUGCAUGAGGCAGACAGCCUGGGUGGGGUGGGGGUUCCCCCCGCUUUACAGCCUGUGUCUGCCCCCAUGCUUGUUUGCUGCCAUCUCCAUUAGCUGCUAUUGGCCGAGUGAAGCUGACGUCUUUGGUGAUACAGCCACAAACUGCCUGUCGUUUAAAUAAGUGCAGUCCAAUCAAGAAAGACUUGUAUGUGCUGAAGGAGCUGGAACUCACUGGUUUUUAACGAACUCCUUACAAAUCUCAAGACAAACUACAUUAACACCACCAAGUAUCUUCUCUUCAUUUUUAUAUCGACUGCAGCCUUUUGUAAAUAGUUCCUGUAUAGCUCUAUUGAACUUUCGCUGUGUAUUACCAUUUUAAAAAAAAGCGCCAGCCAGGAAUGCAGUCAAAUCUGUCUUUAUGCAUUCUGUCAUAGGACAUCAUUUUUCACUUAACUUUGAUUGUAUUACUGUCCAUCUUGGCAGAGCAGACACAUCACACUGCACUACAGUGUUAGAACUGGAAACCCUUUAAGUUUUUUUUAAAUAUCUGGGACUGUUGCAAUACCGUACUUCGAUGAUUUGUCAUGAAUAGUUUAUUUACUUGUGCAGAUAUGGUUCUGUGUACAUUUCCAAUUUUCUUUGCAGAAA